UUUCCGCCUGAAAAAACCUGUGAAAAUGUUAAACCAAGUGGAUGAGGAGACCUAUGAGAACGCAGUGGUGAAGCAGGAGUUUUCCAUGGACAACUUGAUGGAUAAUAAUGAUCAAAAUAUAGAAGAAACCAUUUCAGUGGGAAGCUCUCAGGGGGUUGAAGAAUCCCCAUUGAACCUUUCCACCAGGGAGGAUUUCUUCGAGUUUACCUGCCCGAAUUGCCCCAGAAAAUUCGAAACAAAGAAACAUCUCAAUCGUCACAUAAGGCAGCUUCAUCGUCCUGCCCUCGUGAAGAAUCUCUUCUGCCCCUACUGCGGAAAAGGAUACGUGAGAUUGGCAAUGCUUGAGAAGCACGUCUAUACGCAUUUUGCCUACUACCAGCAGAAGAUUUUCUGCGGGAUUUGCUUUGAAGUCUUCACAAAUAUGGAUUUCCUGAAGGGGCACAUGAGUAGGCAUUUUUCAAACAAACGCAAUGCCUGCAGUUACUGCCCAAAGACAUACGUUAGUCAUUACAACUUAAGGAAGCACAUCGAGAGUACGCAUGAGAGUCAAUCAAACAGCAGGGAAGGUGAAGCAGGAACUUCCAAAGGCGACGAUAUGAUGCAGUUCCAGCACGGGGAGAGCUUCCUGGACGCCGAGGGAACAUUUGAAGAUUCCUGGGGAAGAAAUGGAGACAACGAAGAGGAUGAUGAUUUCAAUAUUGAAGAACAAUUCAGAACUCCUCCUGAAUCUUUCAAUAUCCCGGCAGAUCAUCCACCUAGACAGGAGAGGGAGGAGCAGCAGCUUUGCUUCAUUUGUGGCAUGAUUUUCUGCGAUAAAGACGGCCUACAACGCCAUGAGAUUGAAAAUCACAGCGUAACUUUGAUGGAAAUUCUGAAAUAUCCUCUGAUGUUGAUACUUUUGAAUUUUUCAUCUGUACAAAAUGUGGAGAACAAUUUUCCGAGGAAAGUGACUUUGAGGAUCACACAAAUACCCACGAGGAUCGUUAAGGAUUAAUUUUUACUGCAUGAGAAGGAGGGAAGAAAGGAACAAAAUCAGUCUUAAUGACUUCUUAUUUUCUAGCAAUCUAUUCAUUUUUCUACGUUACAAAUUAACUAAUUUUGAUUAAAAUUAAUCAAUGGAAUGAAUUUAACGGAUUUAAUCAUAAAAUAUGUAUUUUUAAGUGAUUUUUUAUUAA